AUGCUGAUGGGUGCUCCUGUGAGUUGGGGAAGCAAGAAGCAGUCAAGUGUGUCGCUGUCGACGAGUGAAGCGGAAUACAUCGCACUGAGUCUGGCCAUCCAGGAAGGCAAGUGGGUGCAUCGCCUGCUAUGCGAGAUUUUGGCGGCCGCAAACGAACCAGGACCGGACCUCGUCAUCCGUGAAGACAACCAGUCGUGCAUCAAGAUGACGAAGAAUCCAGUGAAUCAUGGCCGCGCCAAGCACAUCGACAUCAAGUACCAUCACAUCCGUGAUGAGGUCAAGCUUGCGGUGAAGUGA